CAGUAGGAACAGGCUGCGUCAGACACGCCCCUCCUCCCUCUCAGUUGCUGCUGCAACCUGCACUCGGCAUCUUCCAUCACAGGGUCGCGGAAAAAAUCGCCUUUCUGCUCUUAAGCAACAAGUCAUUCUGUGGAUGCACAGGUAUCAUUUAAAAGGAUGGAGGCCCUGUUAAAUGAGUGGCUGUGGCGGGAGGAGCUCUGGCUUCCUCCUGGGCAUCACUGGGAGGACAUGAAGAUGACGGAAGAAGAGGGCCACUUUCCUCUACCAAGGGAUCUCAUCGACACUUUGCCACUAGUGAUCACCUUUAUAUUCCUCAGAUAUAUCUUUGAGAGGAACAUUGCGAUCCCACUAAGCAGAGUCCUGGGUGUUAAGGAUCAGAUUUGGAUUCGACCCCGUUCUGUCCCAGAACUGGAGGCUUUCUAUAAACGGAACAGCCGGCCAUCGCAGAGUGAAGUAGUGAGCUUGGAAGACCAGUGUGGACUCUCCCAGAGACGGAUCCAGACCUGGUUUAGACGCAGAAGAAACGCGGACAGACCCACCAACACCAAAAAGUUCUGCGAGGCCUCAUGGCGGUUUGUGUUCUACCUUGUAGCAUUCAUAACAGGCAUCAACUCUUUAAUUAAUACUCCAUGGUUCUGGGAUCAGAAAGAAUGUUGGACGGGUUAUCCCAAACAGCCGGUGGCCAAGGUCCAUUACUGGUAUUACAUGUUGGAACUGAACUUCUAUUUGUCCCUGCUUCUAAGUCUCUCUGUGGAUGUGAAGCGGAAAGAUUUCAAGGAGCAGGUAGUGCAUCAUAUUGCCACCAUAGUUCUCAUCUCUUUCUCCUACUGUGCCAACUAUGUGAGGGUUGGGACCCUCGUCAUGGUGAUUCACGACUCAUCUGACUUUAUUCUCGAGUUGGGUAAAAUGUUGAAAUAUGCGGCGUGGACGAGGACAUGUGACGUGCUGUUUGUCGUCUUCGCGCUGGUCUUCCUCGUCACGAGGCUGGUUGUUUUUCCAAGCAGAAUCAUCCACACCACCCUGGUGGCUUCUCGUGAGUUCUACGAGCCUUUCUUCGGUUAUUAUUUCUUCAAUGCUCUGCUGUUUGUUCUACAAGGGCUGCACAUCUACUGGGCCUAUCUCAUCUUGUGUAUGAUACACAGGUUUGUCUUCAAGGGCAAGGUUGAGGGUGAUGUACGCAGUGAUGAGGAGAGCGAAGCAGAUAGCAAUGAACAAGAGGAAAAGCCGGAGGAAGAAGGGAAUGAUUCCAGCUCGGAGCAGAGGAAUGAUGCAGUUAACUCCAAACUGGCAUCUGUCACGGAUAAAGACAAGAAGAAAAAGGAGAGCAUCUUCGACUUGUCCAAAUACAUCGACAAGCCGAUACGUGUCAAGUUUCAAGGAGGACGAGAAGCCAGCGGUGUUCUCAAAGGAUUUGACCCUUUGCUGAACCUGGUGCUGGACGGUACAAUCGAGUACAUGCGCGAUCCAGAUGACCAGCUGAAGCUGACAGAAGACACCAGGCAGCUGGGGCUAGUGGUCUGCAGAGGAACCUCCGUAGUGCUAAUCUGCCCUCAGGAUGGCAUGGAAGCCAUACCAAACCCAUUCAUACAGCAGCAAGAUGGCUAACACAUAAGCUUCCUUGCUAACCUAUCCCAUAGAAUUGUUCACAUUCUUGAAUAUUUCGCUGUUUAUUUUUUUGUUUCCUUUGUUUGUUUGGAUUUUUGUAAACAACCCAUAAUAGAUAGUGUUUGUAGAAUUGUACAUUUUCUCAGUUUAAACGUGUUUUCUUUGUUCUGUUGUUAAUAAAAUAUGGGUUUAUGAGAUUUGCAAA